AUGUCUACUGAGAGAGAGAAGAUGCUCCGCGGGGAGCUAUACCGCGCCUUUACUCCAGAUCUUAUUGCAGCUCGGACUCGCUGCAAAUGGGCUUGUAAUCGGUUUAAUAACUCGGAGGAAGUGCCUCGUCGGAGAUUAGUGGAGAUGUGGAGAGAUAUCACUGAAGAUAAGACUCCUCUGCCACCAAAACUGGAUGAUCCUGUCGCAGAUGAUGAUCUAUUUCGGAAUGAGCCCUGGGUUGAAGCACCCGUCAAGAUAGACUAUGGGUUCAACGUCAAGCUUGGGGAGGGAGUGUUUGUCAACUUCAACUGUGUCUUCAUUGACACUUGUCCUAUUACCAUCGGUGCUCGUACCAUGUUUGGUCCUAAUGUUAACUUAUUUUCGGGUACUCAUCCUCUUGAUCCUGCUGUACGAAACGGAACUGAGGGUCCUGAGUUUGGAAAGCCCAUUCAUAUUGGGGAAGACUGCUGGCUUGGGGGUAAUGUCAUUGUACUUGCUGGAGUUACGAUUGGCAAGGGUGCAACUAUUGGGGCUGGAAGUGUGGUGACCAAGGAUGUCCCUGCUUUCCAUGUCGCUGCUGGGAAUCCAGCUAGGAUCAUCCGCCCAAUUGAAACGACAAUAACAGAAUAA